AUGCCUUCAGAUCAGAGUACUUGGCUCAUAGCAGUCCCGCUGGAUGGCGACUCAGAGGGUCUGAUCCCAGAGUUGGGGACGAAGCUCUCCCAACAAUCAAAAUCGUUUCCCCGGAACCACAUCGCACAGAUAGAUAUCCCGUCAUUCAAGACAGGGACACUUGAUACGCUUAUAGGGCUAUCGGAGGAUAUACCCAAGCAGGAGACGUUCUUCACGGCCACUGUCGCGAAAACGGUCGACACGCUACGCAGCUUGUUGAACAAUGACCCAACGAAGCUGGCUCAGCACGUCUUGGUUGAUGAGCAGAGCGUCGAUGAAUACCUCUUGAAGGGGUGGAAGUGGAAUGAAAGUCGGUAUGGUGUGCAACGAGGGCUACGUGAUAUGGUAGAUCUCUUGAAUAAGGAAAUGGUUUCAAUCGACAACGCUAUGAAAGCAAAACUCAACAAUUACAAUCUCGUGAAGGGCUCAUUAGUUCAGAUGCAACGCAAGAAGCUAGGGAAUCUGUCAGUACGCUCACUGGCGGAGGUUGUUUCGAAAGACGACUUCAUCCCGGAUUCUGAGCACAUGGAAACGCUGUUGGUCGCCGUGCCAAAGAGCCAAGUUAAAGAGUGGAAUUCAACGUAUGAACGGCUAACAGCUAUGAUAGUGCCAAGAUCGUCAAAGUUGAUCGCUUCAGACGACGAGUACUCGCUGUUCGCCCUCGUAGCUUUCAAGAAAGUCCACGACGAAUUUAUACAGAAAUGCAGAGAGCAUAAAUUCAUCGUGCGCGACUUCAUUUACUCCGAGGAAGAGGUCGCGAAACAACAGCAAGAACUCGAGGACGCGGACACAACAGAGAAAGAAUUAUGGACGGAACUACUUCGUCUCUCGAGGACGAACUUCUCGGAGGCCUUCCAAAUUCUAGUACAUCUGAAGAUUGUCCGUUUGUUUGUGGAGAGUGUCCUCCGCUAUGGCUUGCCCGCGAAUUACCUCGGAAUCAUUAUCAAACCUGAACCCAAAACCACGAAGAGAAUAUUCCACGUCUUGCAAACCCAGUUCACCUACCUCCGUCCGCGAGCGAACAGCGCCCAGGGCAAGGUCAGCUCAAACGAUGAAUUCGUUGGUGAAUACCAAACACUCAUGGAUCAAGACUUCUUCGACUUCGUCCUCUACGAAGUUCCUUGGAUUGUCUUCUAA